GCCACAAGGGGACCUGGGAUUUACCAAAUACCUUCCAGUUGAGCAGGAGUCCUGCCAAGUAAAGGACAACCUCCUCCUCCUCUCCUCCUCCUCCUCCAGCGGCGACAAGUGCAGAGAAUCGACGGAGGAGAAUUGAGCAAAUUAUCUACUUUUCCGCUCCCCUUCCUGGACGGUAACGAUCGGCGAGGUCUCGGCUCUCCGCACGCCGUUAUUGAGCGAGACACAACCGCCCUGAUUGCCCGAAAUCAGCGUCAAUAAACGGGGGAACGGGGCCGGUGAUUUGGAGGGGGGGGUUCCCCGGCAGAUGAUGCCCUUUCCAGCGGGCCGGUGAGGAGCAACACCGACCCCCGGCUUCCCUCCAGCAGCUUGUUGUUGUUGUUGCGGCGCGGUUGAUGCGGAGGUGAUGGACGGUCCUCUCCGCCGCCCAGCGGGGAUCCUCGGCUCCCCCCCGGCUUCUGGGAGCCAGCCCGCGGGCUCUGACAUGCUCACCUCCGGCGGCAGCAGCAGCAGCAAGCCUCUCGCUUUCUCCAUCGACCGGAUUAUGGCCAGGACGCCCGAACCCAAGUCGAUACCGCUCCCCAGCUGGUUCCAGUCCGCUCCCGUGGGGAAACAAGACGUCUGUCCGUCCUCGCUGCAUUGCAUGAUCCCGCUGUUGCCGCUUGGGUACGAGCCGGGCCACCGGCUCAGCAUCACCGGGCUGGAUCCGGGACACUUGGACGCGUCUUCUCUCGGCGCUCCCGCAGACUUUUUGGGUUUUGGUUUGAACUAUAAGACCCAGCAGGAGGACUCCGCUGUGAGCCAGAGCGCCGGCCAGUACAAACUCUUCAGACCCCGGGUGGUGAACCAGUCCUCCCUCCCCACCAUGGGUACCGUGUGCUACCUGAACUGCAGCGGGGACAGCGGCGCGUGUCCGCCUCCGACCAGCCUGGUCAACCUGCACCCGAUGGCCUCGUACCUGCUCACCGCCCGGCACAAAGCCUUCAUGGCGGAGAAGAACAAGCCGGGCCUCCAGCAGGCCGGGGAGCGGUACCCGGUGUCCGGCGUGCAGGCCUUCAAGGAGCUGUCUCAGAGCCAGAUCCAGCACUACAUGAAGGAGCGGGACCAGAUCCUCUCAGACAAGAUCUUCAAGGGCUCCGCGGCGGCGGCGGCUGCUGCGGCGGCGGCAGCCCGGCUGAGCGGCUCCUGUCCCGGCAACAAACCCAAAGUUUUCACCUGCGAGGUUUGCGGGAAGGUGUUUAACGCACACUACAACCUGACGCGCCACAUGCCCGUGCACACCGGCGCGCGGCCGUUCGUGUGUAAAGUUUGCGGGAAAGGUUUCCGCCAGGCGAGCACGUUGUGUCGACACAAGAUCAUCCACACUCAGGAAAAACCGCACAAGUGUAACCAGUGCGGAAAAGCGUUCAACCGGAGCUCCACCCUCAAUACACACACGCGCAUCCACGCGGGAUACAAACCGUUUGUAUGCGAGUUUUGCGGGAAAGGUUUUCAUCAGAAAGGAAACUACAAGAACCACAAGCUGACGCACAGCGGGGAGAAGCAGUUCAAGUGUUCGAUCUGCAGCAAGGCGUUCCACCAGGUGUACAACCUCACCUUCCACAUGCACACGCACAACGACAAGAAGCCCUUCACCUGCCCCACCUGUGGCAAAGGCUUCUGCAGGAACUUUGACCUGAAGAAACACAUCAGGAAGCUGCACGAGCUGGCCAACCCGCAGUCGCCCCCGCAGGCCUGAGAGACGCUGACCUCUGACCUGAAUAAUGACUUUACACCCGACACUCAAACAAAAACACCAAAAAACGUUUCUCCCAUCAGGCCUGGAACUAAGCUUUAGUCCUCAUAAAGCAGAUUAUCGUAUCUCUGCAGCUGUCAGGAGGACGAUUUUUCAUAAAUUAGUAACUUGUGCCCUCAAAUUAAUUAAUUAAUCAAUAAUUGGUGCCCUAAAAUCACCAAAUCCUGCUCUCAGAUGACUUAAACAAAUUACUGAAAGUGAACUGACUAUCAUCCAUGUUAAGGCAAUGAGCCUUUCAUUUACAAAUCAUUUUCUCUAAAUACAGUGGUUUUGUUCCCUCAUAGGAGUCGUUUUCAGUCUUAAAAUGCUUCCUUAAGUUUCCUUAAAACAAUAAUUACUGCCCUAAAAUCACUAAAUCAUCCUCUCAGAUGACUUAAUUGGGCUGUUCCAUAAAAUGUUCCACAAUCUUGAGGUUGAGUUUUUAUGAAGUUGAUGACUGAAGUCUGAUUCUGAUACAAAAAUAGAAAUUUGAUUAAUCUGAAAUUUAAUAAAGAGACGUAGUAUUUCUCCGUGUGGAGAGUGGUGAAAGAUAAAUUUGGGCAGAAUAUAUAAUCGAUCAAUUAAAUAAAUUAAUAAAAUGAGAAAAAAAUGAAGUGAGAGAAAUGUUGCAGCCUUUAUUAAAAUCUGGACUCAUGACGUCAGUAUUACUGAAAAUCCUGACGGCAUCUCAGAGCAAAACAGGAUCUUGUGUCCUGUAAAAUACAUACAAGAGACAUCGAAGCUAACAGACGAAGCCUGACGUAUAGCCCGGUAUCUAAAUGACUCUUCAGUAAUCAGAAUUAAUAAUUUGAGGGUAUAAGUUGCUUACUUGCAGGAGCUUCUGUCAACAAGUACAUUAAGUGAACGAAUCAGUAAUUUAAGUGAGUAAUUUGACAAAAAUACACUGCCUCUACUGAUUUUUCCCUAAAAGUUGCUUUAAAGAGGUUCUCCAAUGAUUUAGUUUUGCACUACCAUAACGUUGGGGGACUUAUGAGGGACAGAUUUAAGAAAAAUGGUCAAAAUCAAAGCAGCGGAAGUCAUUAUAUCCUGAUUUUUAUUUCCGUAUAUUAGUCAAGCUUAAAAAAACACUACAUUCCCAAUAAUGCAACAGUGUCUUUUGACUAGACCCUCCCUGCUACAUCUGUCAAACUCCACACCUCCGGUUUGUUACGUGAACUUUCUGUUAUAAAUCUGUCUCCGAGCCCAAGAUGAGGUAACCCUCAUGACAUCACUAUGACAUCAUCAGACAUGACGAAGCUCCUGCAGAGCCGCAGAGGACACGCGACAGUUUUCACAGGCAGAGGAGGACUAACCACGACCAAACUAAACUGUUUUUUUUUACAUGUAGUUUCCCUUUUUGAGUUUCUGUGAUGGACACGGAUGACAACCAACCGCUUGAUUCAUGAUUGCGGCUCCUUUUUGAAAUGGAUACAGCGGGGUGACUUCAGCCUAAUUCCAUGCAAAAGUUGACAAUCAUGGUUUGGUGAAACUUGUCAGUCCGAUUUGUGGACUCAUGACCUCAGUAUUUGUAAAAUGUUGGCGAUGGCCCUGCUCAAGAAGGACACAUUUCUACCUUAAACCCGUGAAAUCCAACAGUAUUUUGUCACAUUACAAUGAAUUUUGAACCCUAUUUGCUUCGGUCUUGAGUCUGUUUAGCUCAAGUAAAGAUAUUUUAUUUCUUUCACUUAAUAUAAGAAGCCUUCCUGAUCGAGUCCUAAUUCCUGCUAAUUCCUACAAAUCGCAGCAGACUCUUCAUUUGUACAAAUUUCUCAGAUGCUUCGCCCUAAAUGUGACCCAGAAGAAAUCCCUGUCCUCGACUCCUCCAGACCCUAAACUUGACCCUUUCCCCUUGAACUUGACCCUGCAAAAAAAAAAAGCCAUCAGGACACUUCCUAACCCUGCAGACCCCACAGUGUCCCUGCCCUCAGACCCUGACCCCUGACCUCUGACCCUUCUGGCCUGGAGAAAACCUCCCGACUGGCUGAGAUGCUUCUGUCUCUCUCAGCUCGUGUCGGACUGAGGAUGAACUGAACUUUAACUCCUCUCAUUAUUAGUCGAUUAUAUUGUAAUGGUGGCUAAUUAUUAUAUCAUUAGUCAUCAGUGAUUACUAGUUUUCAUUAUUUUUCAGUUGCAUCUCAGGAUGUAAGAUUGAUGAGACCAGAGAUGUUGGAUGUGGAGGUGAAACAACCCAGAUUUUACUGUCAAAAACUUAAUUUUUACCAACAUAUUUCUCUUCUUGUCAACAAAUCUCAUGUUUGGAUCCAAACCAACAAUGCACUGAUCCUACUUACAAGU